AUGAAGGCUGCAAUCACAACCGUCGCUUUUCUCAUCCUGGCGCUCAGCUGGACCUCUGAGGCUGUGCAGGUCGAGGAGAAUGGAUUGUCUUUUUCUCUGGAGGGUGUGAAGAGGCUCCAGGUUCUGGCAGAAAGCAUUGGUUUCACAGGACAACAAAACCCACGUCUCAGGAUGAGCAGCGUGUCCCUCUGUACUGACCCCCUGCUCCCACAGGAGUUCCUGUCCCUCUGCAAGCAGCGAGGAGGAUCCGCUUCCCUCGCCAGACUAGCUAUGGUUCCCAUGGAUGUCUGUGAGAUCUGCGCCUUUGCUGCCUGCGCUGGUUGCUAA